CAAUGUUCCAUUUGAAAGACUCCAUUUCUCUCUAUCCAAGAGAAUAGACGUCACAGACAAGCGCAGCAAUACGAAGCAGAAUUAUAAGGGCAACCAGUUAUUAAUUAGUAUUUUACACCUGUCGUGUGAGUGCAUGUGAGUGCGUUCAGGUGGCAAGGAAUCAUGGAUCUGCAAACAUUGUCGACACUCGAUGAUUUGUUGUCAGAUGUUUUACUCGAUGGGGUUUCUUUGUGGUUUCAGACGCACAAAAUGAAUAAGGACUAUCGUCCCCUGCGCCUGAACCAAGACAAGAUCCUUGAAAUCAUUCAACGUAGAGUUAUUGUGGAGCGUAAAGUAACUGAGGCGAUUAAGGAUUUACUGGACAUUGAAUUUUUCAAAAAACUUUUCCAGACAGAGAAAGAGAUUCAAGACUUUACAACACAUGCUCGGCGCUACCUCAGCAUUUAUUUGCCAACAGCUGGAUUCGAAAUUUCACAUACAGAUCGUUAUUCAUCCGUCACCAACAAGUCAGAAGCAUGCGUCAUCGCCAAUCGGCCUUUCGAAGUCGGAAAUGAACUUCGCUAUUGUGCAGGCACCAUCGCCAACUUGAAUGAACAGGAAGAGAAAGAUCUAGAGAACAGGACUAGCGACUUUAGUGUCAUCAAGACAAGUCGGAAAGGAACAUGUCUAUUCCUUGGACCAGCCCGCUUUGUCAACCACGACUGCGAUCCUAAUUGCAGCUUCAUGUCAGCAGGCGCUAAUGUCAUCUAUUUCAAGGUCUUGAAACCGAUAAACGUAAAUGACGAAAUUACCACGCAUUACGGCGACAAUUACUUUGGAACUAACAACCAAGAGUGUCUUUGUGCAACUUGCGAAAAGUAUGUCUAUUACGACUUGGUCGCGGCGGAUACAAAGUAAAAAUUGACGAUGAACAAGAAGAGCCUCUUAGCCCAUCUCUAACGCCUGUAGCAGAAGAAGGUCCCCCGAGCAGGAGAUUAAGGAAUCGGGGCAAACAAGUGAAUUAUUAUCCGACAUUGUUCAGUCGAUCGGCCAAGAAGGGGACGCGGACACG